AUGAAACCACACAAUGGAACUCUAUGUUUCCCAGAUCCAGCACUGGAAAACAAAGUGACCUUGGAGUUUGAUUUGCUGAAUACAAUUGCUACCCAAAAAUCCGUUGAUUCAUCAGAAAAAAUUUUUACGGAAUUGUCUAAAAAUUACAGCUCAGAUGAUAUUGGACAUAUGACGUACAGCAAGCUUAAAAAAAAAGCACAGCGAAUUAAAGCGACUGUACGUCCUCCACAGGUUGAUAAUAUCAAAGAGUUGGCAACAACAACAAGAGCAAAUAAACCACAAGACACAAAUGCCUCUUCUUCUGAGCAGAAAAUCCAGCCUAAUAGUACUAUGGUUGUUAUUGGUGAUCGUAAACUGGCUAAGAAAAUACUAGAUAAGCGUGAGACUACCAUUGACCUUUAUUUAGAUGGUACUUUUAGUAUUAGCCCAGCUGGACUUGAUGUAUGUCAAACAUAUAUAAUUCAAGCAGGUUCUCAUAAUCAAGCAUUUCCCAUUGCAUAUGUUCUUAUGGAAAGAAGAACCGAAAAUUCAUAUAAAGAAUUGUUUACAUAUGUCUUCAACGAACUAGCCCCAGAAAUUAAAAAUUUGUCCGUUAAAGCUCACAUGGACUUUGAAAUAGCUGCACACAAUGCCUUACGUAUGGUUUUACCAGGAGUUGAAAUUAUUGGAUGCUUAUUUCAUAUGACGAAUGUAAGUAAUAUUUAA